CGUAGAUGUAAGUUGUCGAUGCUUCGGAAUAGGCUCCAAAAAGGAAGUGGUAAGGUCACUCCAUUCAUUGUAACUUCUUGCUUACCUACACGGCUGUCCAUGUUCGGCGGAAGCAAGCGUGACAGUGCAGAAGAAGAGGAUUGCAAGGUGCUGCACCAUGAUUUGGGGCUAGUCUGUCGUAAGGCUAAAGUUUCGGACCAAAAGUCAUCGAGCGCCUGGGCAGUCGCUCGCGUAGAGCAAGAUCCGUAGGAUCUCACACUGUAGAUUCCGACGCUGGAGGCUCGUAAAGG